GUAGGGUUAUUUUUUUCCAGCUUUGCAAGUCUUAAUCAGAUGACAUUUUCUUGAUCUUGAUUUGGAAGCAGAGAGUGGCCUACGACGUAAGACGACUGGUAAAGGUCGAGGUCGUGGAAGGGGUAGGGGUCGUGGCCGAGGUAGAGGUCGUAAAGGAGCCCAGGCACGUGAACCAGACCCAGAACCUGAAGUUGAAGGGUCACCACCCCCACCCCCUCCCCCUCCAGCUGCCAUGCAGGAGGAAGAAUUGGUCACCCCAGAUCUUGUCAUCUUCAAGUCGGCCUACGCUGUUGAGCCAAUGCACCAGAGUCAGAGGCUGCGCUGGGAUCACAAGGUGAAGCUGAUUGGUGAGAAGGUGGUGGAUCCCCUGAUACACUGCUGUGAGAAGUGUACCCUGCCUAUACUCAUCUAUGGGAGAAUGAUUCCCUGUAAGCAUGUGUUCUGUUUCGACUGUGCUAGGAAGACAGAGAAGAAAUGUCCUAGAUGUGAAGAUCCUGUCCAGAGAAUUGAGCAGUCUGCCCUUGGCACAGUUUUCAUCUGUACAUAUGGAGGUGCCAAACAUAGCAGUGGUGGUUGUAGACGGACAUACCUGUCCCAGAGGGACCUACAGGCUCAUGCCAACCACCGCCAUCUCAGUACCGGUUCCCGGCCGGAUCCCCCGCCACUGGCACCCUCGAAGCCUCCCCCUCCUCAUCAUCAUUCCACGCAGGCUGAGGCGUUCAGCAGCAGCACCGUGAGCCACGCUCCUCCUCCACAAGAUCUGAACCCUCCACCGAGACAGAUGAUAGAACAGUCCGUGUACAGACCUAUCGAAGGUCCCCCUGUACCUCAGCCAAUGCCAGCAAUGGUGCAGACCCACCAUGUAUCCAUGCCUCAGUUACACCCAGCUGUGACUGCUCCAGCCCUGUCACAGCCUCAACUCACUCCGGUGUCCACAAUAGAGAGCUACCAGACCUCCUCAAUACCGAUGAUGUCAUCUACCGGCAGGACCAAUCUCAUCACUGUUCCCAUACAGGAUGAGUCGGAAUACCGUCGACCAGAACAUGCUCUCAUGUAUCAGACUCUGGCUGGGACGGGGAUGCCUCCCCUCCCUGCCCACCUGGCUACGGGGGUUCCACCCCCCAGACAGCCAUUCCCACCAUCAACCAUGGCUCCUCCUGCGUCCUUCGCUCCCAUCAGUCACACAGGGCCUGUCCCCUACUCUACUGCCCCCAUGGCACAGACAUUGAGACCUCUUACUGUUCCGGGUUCCCACCCUCAUGGAGGUCCACCCCCAGGGCCUAUACCUCACCCCCAUCCACAAGGCGUUAAUCCAGGGGGGCCUCAGCCUCAUCUCACUGGACCCCCGCCAAGGAUGGGGCCCCCCCAGCAACAGAGACAGCAGGGGCAACCCCCACCCCGCUUCCCCAGCCCUCAUGGACACUACGACGAUGGGCAUGGACCACCACCAUUUAAUCAGCCAGGUAGCCCCAGAAUGCCAUGGACUAGUCCCCCUCCACGAGUCCCCCCACCUCGCCCCACAGGUGGUCCCAUGCACCCCCCUCCUCAGAGACCACAAGGUGACUCGUACAACCAGUACUACUGACACAGUGGAAGUGUUUGUUAGAAUGAUUGUUGUGUAAGAAAAACAGUGAGUGGUGAAAUAUUGGCUUAUUUAGUGGAACAGAAUGAUUACUUACCAUGUGAAACAGUAUUACAUAUGUCUGAACCAAUUUCUCAUGAAGGUUGUGUAUGAAACAUGUAAUUACUGCCAUGUCUGUUUUUAUGAUUUGUGACUGAAUUUCAAGAUCAUCAGGACUUGUUAACUAUUUACAUCUAAGCUUUACCAUGGUAUGAUAUUCAGUAUAAGGUUAUGCCAUAUUGGGUGCUCUGUUUAUUGAUUUGUUUAUCUUGGUGUAGAAUGCUCAACAGACCAGGGUUCCAAUCCACAAAGCGUUCGUAACGUUUCGACCUAUUGUGACUUUAUACUUUAUCAUAGGCUUAUUAAUGGCAUAGUGCUACACGCUUUGUGGAUAGGGUCCCUGGUUUCAUGGGCACUGAUUUCUUUCAGCAAACAUUAGGAGGUCAUUUUUAUCCUGCUUUAACUUAAAGACCAAAUGAAAUAUUAGGUCAUCUGUGUAGCCUUUUGUCACAAGAGUUGGUUCACAACAAUGAAAAAAAAAUCGUUCCAGAAGAAAUAAAUUGUAUAUGUUGUU